ACCAGCUGUCCUCAAUCAAGUAACCAAUUUCAGACCUGGACGCAUAUAUCCACUCAGGCCUCAGGAAUUGUCUUCCAUGUCUCCCUUGACUGAACUCUUGCCCCUUGUCGUCUCAGGACCCUCGGGUGUAGGCAAGGGCACGCUUAUAAAGCGUCUCUUCUCAGAAUUCCCAGACAAUUUCGGAUUCAGUGUCUCUCAUACUACGAGAUCCCCAAGGCCUGGGGAGACAGACGGCAGAGAGUACCACUUCAUCACGAGAGACAAGUUCACAGAACUCAUCCAAGACGGAGCAUUCAUCGAGUACGCUGAAUUUUCCGGGAAUUUCUAUGGCACCAGCUUCCAGACCGUUCGGGACGUUGCUCGCAGCGGAAGGCGAUGCGUUUUAGAUAUCGAUGCUCAGGGUGUAAGGCAGAUAAAAAACACCGACCUACAACCUAUUUUUGUAUUCAUUUCUCCGCCCAACAUGACUGCGCUUCGAGCUCGCCUUGAAGGUCGCGCAACCGAUAGCGAGCAGGCUAUUCAAAAGCGCCUCGGGGCUGCUCUGAAAGAAAUCCAAUACGCCCGAGAACCCGAUGUUCACAAUUAUAUUAUCGUCAACGACGACCUUGACAACGCUUAUGAGAAGUUCAAGCGACUUGCUUUGGGAGAACGGAUAGCUGGUGAUAUUCUACCCCCUCUGGAUGAUUAGGAUUAUACCCCCCGUGAGCAUCGAAAGUUAUGGAAAGGAAGGCUACAGAAGACGAGAUUAGAGUAUAGUGUAUCAUCUACAUUGCAUAUUUAUCUUGUAGAUGUCUGUGAGUUUGUUGGUGAUUUAUCUAGACAAUAUGUACUU